AUGGAUAACGCCAUUAGGAAUCUCAAGGAGUUUGAGCGUGGAGCCUGGCGCCAAUUCAACGGGAAACAUGAAGCCGCGCCUUUCCCCGUCGAACUUGACAAUCUUCUUAAUAUGGUAUGGGAAAGUCUGUCGUCACGGAAUCAAAUACUUGUAGGAGACGCGGCGGACAACUUCCUCACCCAGCAGCAGAAGUACCAAACAGCUAGGAAUUACGUUGCCUCGACCCAGGACUAUCGAGGAUCCGGCAACGACGAUGAUGAUGCAUAUGGUGAAGAGAGCGAUAGGCCAGAUUUUGCCGACUAUGCUGCAGGCAAAAAGCGUCUGUUCGCGGUUCUCGAAUCCGUGAACAACGCCGCCCAGACACUACGAGAAGCUAGGAGAAUGUUGGGUCUACCAAACGACGACUACGGAGCUAAACUUCUCGAAAUCCUGUCGCGGCACUACCAGGAUGCGUUUCCAACACUGCAAGACGAGAUCGACAACCUGCCCAACGAGCAACAUGCUGCAAUGGAGAGAUUGUCGGAGCGCAAGCGCAUUGCCGAGGGUGGUCUUGGUCCGCUAUGGCAAGGCAAAUGGUAUCUUGGUGGGGGAACGUUUGGCAAAGCGAAUCUAUUUGUGAAGCAGGAUUCAUCUGGACGAGUUGCUGAUCACGUUGUCAUCAAGGACUCAAUCUUCAAGGGCAUCGCGCGUCAGGUUUGGGACCUCAAAGAAAUUUGGACCGACUGGAAGGGCCCGGAUGAUCCAUCCAGUAUUCCGACUGAAAUUCAAGCCAUGUACAAUCUAAGAGACAAGGUCGGGUCAGAAACCAUUGUCAGGAUUCGGAAUUGGAGGAUCCGCAGGAGGGACUUCUUCCACCGCAUUUACAUGGAGUUUUGUCCCGGAGGGGAUCUGUUCGACUUCUGCUCUGGAUCCAAGAAUGAUCCCUAUUGGGACGGUGCCGCGAGACGAGAACUGUUUCCGAAUCAUGAUCUAAGGACCACUGUGAGGCUUGUUCCUGAGCCAUUCCUGUGGUCGGUAUUCCUGAGCCUGGCCGCCGCGGGCUUGCUAAUGGAGAAAGGCACGCUAUACGAAGAUGGAGUCGACGAUGAUUGGAACCUCAUAGUUCACAGAGACCUGAAGAUAUCCAAUGUAUUUUUGAGUUGGAAUUCGACCGAUCGCUUCAGGGGAUAUCCUACAUGCAAGGUGGCCGACUUUGGGCUGGCUCUGUUGAUGCCACCUGAUAACGACAAGGUAGCUGAGAACUACAGUACACAUGGCACACCUGGAAACCGAGCUCCGGAACAAGCAAGGGCUAUACCGGCUGGUGAUGGGACAACAAAGAUGAUGUCCUCGAAGACAAACGUGUGGAAUAUUGGAGUUGUGAUUUGGUCACUUAUCGUUUGCGAGGAAGGUCUCCAACCCCCAUACGUGGAGUGGGAAAAUGCUCAGAGCAAGGUGCUGCCACAACUUGACCUCACCGCCCGCUUGUUCUACAGCGAGCCUCUACUAUCCCUGCUCUACAGAUGUCUUGCCUACAAGGAUACAGACCGACCUACCUGCGAUGAACUGAUGGACGAGAUCAAGGAGAUGACCGGGGACGGUCCUUUUGAUAUGGCGUCAGGUCUCCGAGACGCAGACACGGCAGAUGCAAGAUGGGCCAACCAUACGAUCAUUGCUGCGCCUGCCACAUGGACAAAGGAUAUGAUGUUACAGGACGUUCCACAUCCCCAAGGCGGACAAUACGCUGCUCCUCCCCCUCCAGGAAUUCCGCUUCCGCAGGACGACUUUGGUGGUGCCACUGGAGCGGAAAUUGUGCCCGAAGCUCCCGCUACAGGACAAGCUGAUUGGCUUUGA